AUGAAGGUCAUGACGAGCAGUCGUAAAAUAGCUUCAAGCCAACAGCGAGAGUAUCAUGACAGGAUGAAGAAAAAGGGGAGACAGGAUAAGCAGGAGUUGGAGACAAAGGAGAAGAAGAAGGUGGAGGAUAUUAAUGAUGAUGAUGGCCAUAAUCAGGGCUUCAGUGAUUGGUUGAGAUCGGUGGAUGGCAUAGAAAUGAUGAGGCUCUUCGUAAUAGCCAAUUCUCUCCUCGUCUUCAUAACAAUAGCCUGGCCGAAUAUGCAACAGACAUACACCAUCAUCAAGGAGUACAUAAUGGGAGAGGAGGAGGAUUAGUCUCUCAAU